AUGGCUCCGCAACAUCCUAUCGAACCAUCAUCUCCUUUUCAGGAUGAUGAGAAUGCGGAAUUAUUUUCUGCAGUGUCAUCUGUGCUCAAGAAGGAGGAGUUACCUCGCCUUGGAAGCACCGUGCUGCGGCGCCGCAUGGGCUUGCAGGGCCCAUUCACAAGCACGAAACCUGCGGUCGGCGAGCCCAUGUACGGCUCUUUUCAUGUCAUCUUCCCUCUCAUCUUCGCGGACGGCCUUCGAUGGGCCGUAAAGAUCCCGAUCAAUGGCACAGCAGCAUCCUGGGACGCGGCAUCUGCUUCAGCUUUGGUCUCCGAGGCCAAGACGAUGCGCCUGCUCAAGCGAGAGACCACCAUUCCCUUACCUGACGUUCUGGACUUCUCCUCAACCGUUGAGAACCCUCUUCAAUGUCCUUAUAUCAUUCUGUCAUUUAUCGAUGGGAAGCCAUUAUACAACGUCUGGUUUUCAAAUCGACUCAAAGGCGACAACCCUGAAACCACCCAUCUACGCCGCGUUCGUGCCCUUGAAACUAUCGCCUCGGCAAUGCUACAGAUGAACAAAUUUUCUUUCCAGGCCUGGGGCUCUCCUCGCUUUGAUGAGGCCGGAGACAUCUCAGAUAUCGGGCCGCUGCGCACAGUAGAUGAGAAAGCGAUGCUCGAUCGAUGGUUCAUCCAUAAAGAUCCCGAUGAUAGCCCGAUAUACGUCCAAGUUCCUACAUCUGGCAACCCCUCUGCAUACUACUCUCACAUGCUUGAUCUCCACCCUGGCCAAAGUCCUUUCCUGAAGGGCGUUGAGUUGCUUCUUCGUCAACUUAUCAGCUGGAUCCCCGAGCCCGACGGGAUGGAUCCCUUCGUUCUCAACCACCCCGAUUACGAUAUUCAGAACUUCAUCGUCUCGGACGAAGGCGAACUCGUGGGGGUCAUUGACUGGGAUGGCGUUGCGGCCACGCCUCGUACUCUCGGCAAUGAACGAUAUCCCGGGUGGCUCACGCGCGACUGGGACCCAGCCAUGUACGGAUGGACAGAAGCUAUGGAGUCAGGAGAGGAGCCUGAAGGUGUCUGGGAAGACUCUCCUGAGACUCUGAGGCGCUAUCGUGUCAUCUACGACAAUAUAAUGGCAAGGAACCGUGCGGAGAGUGGCCACAGCCCCGGGCCUAAUUUCUGCCGAAUGUCCCUCGUAACAGACAAUCUCGCCAUCGCGGCAGACAACCCUCGGUGCCGAGAUGCGAUCCUACGGAAAAUGGUGCACGAAAUAUGGGUCGCAGCGGGAGAAGAUUCAGAGCCACAGUUCCUGGACCUGGUUGAAAUGUUUGCUGAUGAGGACGUGGACGUGGCUGUGUUGGAGACAUUGCGGCAUGGGUUUGCCGCUCUGCUGACCAAGGAGGGUUUAUAA